AUGCCUUCGGCUAAGGCAUUUUCUGCCAAUGUAACGAGUGUUCCGGAGAAGUUGAGAUCGCUGCUACUGGCAGCCAUCUUAUUAAGUAAUUACCUAGCAUGGACUGCGACACGUCAUCACCACCCACACAACCUAUCGCGUCACCGCACCAGACACAGGCGUCAGGGCGCCGGCCUCUACCUACCCGCUUCUUACGUGCUCCCAGGGGGUGAGGGGACAGGCGCCUGGGGCGAGUGGGGUGACGUCUCCCCCUGCUCCAGGACUUGUGGCGGUGGCGUCGCCAGCCGAAAGCGCAUAUGCCUCGAAGUAAAUUCGGAAGGCAAGCCUCUGUGCACAGGCGGGGACACGAAGUACUUUUCGUGUCAGACGCAGGACUGUCCGAGCCCCGGCGACUUCAGGUCCGAGCAAUGCUCGGAGUACGACGACGUCGCGUUCAGAGGCAUCAAAUACCAAUGGAUACCGUACACAAACGCUCCAAACCCCUGCGAGCUGAACUGUAUGCCGCGUGGCGAACGGUUCUACUACCGUCAGAAGGACAAGGUCAUCGACGGCACCCGUUGCAAUGACGAAUCAUUCGACGUGUGCGUCAGUGGCACUUGCCAGGCUGUGGGUUGCGACAUGAUGUUGGGCUCAAAUGCGCGCGAAGAUAAGUGUCGAGAGUGCCGAGGCAACGGCACUAACUGUCACACGGUCGCUGGAGUUAUCGACACCACAGACCUAAGAAAAGGAUACAACGACGUCUUGCUGAUACCUCAAGGAGCCACCAGCAUUGUGAUUUCUGAAGUCCGGGCAUCGAAUAAUUAUUUGGCGCUGAGGGCGAAGCAGGACAACGUAUACUACCUGAACGGGGAGUACCACAUCGACUUCCCCCGUAGCCUGACCAUCGCCGGAACUCUGUGGCACUACGAGCGCAGCCAGCAGGGCUUCGCAGCGCCUGACAAGCUCCGCUGCCUCGGACCCACAACCGAGCCUUUGUACCUCUCACUUCUUCUGCAAGACGAAAACGUGGGCAUCGAAUACGAAUACAGUGUUCCCUCUUCGAUGGCGCCACCGCCUACGCAGCAGUACAAUUGGGUCCACGGAGACUUCACUCCGUGCAGUGCCACCUGCGGUGGAGGUAUCCAAACGCGUGAAGUGACUUGCCGAUCACGCGAGGACCUGGAGUUAGUCGAGGACAACCUUUGCGACGAGGCCUUGAAGCCCGCCACCAAUCAGAACUGCAACACGGACCCCUGUCCAGCGCGGUGGGUCGCGGAGGCCUGGGGUCCGUGCUCUAAGGUCUGCGGUGAGGGUGGUACCAGGUCGAGACAAGUCUACUGCGAGAAGCUCAUCAUAAACGAGUUCCCCUCGAUAGUUGCUGACAAGGAGUGCUUCGAGUUGCUUGGCCCUAAGCCAGAACUGUAUCAAGAGUGUAACCAGAAUGCAAGCUGCCCAACUUGGUUCACAGGACCAUGGAAACCGUGUGACAAGCUCUGCGGGGAAGGCAAACAGACGCGCCAAGUGAUCUGCCAUCAGAGGCAGAACGGCAAAGUCGAAGUGUUCGAGGACGAAAGCUGCGAAGACGAGAAGCCGGCCACGGAGCAAUCCUGCAUGCUGCGUCCCUGUGACGGUGUCGAUUGGGUCCUGUCCGAUUGGUCCGGGUGCGACACUUGCACAUCGAAAGUUCGCACGCGAAUAGCUCACUGUGCUACGAAGGACCACAAAGUGGUCGACCCAAGUUUCUGCUCCUACCACCCCACACCGCUUCUAGAAGAGACUUGCGACCGCACGAAGCUACCCUCCUGCGAGGUCUUGUGGUACGCGACGCAGUGGAGUAAGUGUUCAGUGGAAUGCGGGAAGGGGGUCCAGAGCCGACGCGUGUUCUGCGGCCUCUUCGACGGCGCGUCCGUGAUAAAAGUGGACGACGAGCGAUGCGACAUUAACGACAAGUACAACGACACAAAGCCCUGCGAGGUGGCUUCGGAGAAGUGCGCCGCCAAAUGGUACGCAGGCCCCUGGUCCGAGUGUACAAAAGACUGCGGUGGUGGUGAACAAUACCGUCGUGUGAUGUGCUUAAGCGGUGGGGUCGAGAUGAACGCCUGCCCAGAAGAGACCAUAUUGGAGACCCUGCAGUCAUGUAACACCGCACCUUGUGACAAAACCCAAACUAAAACAACGGAAUCAACAAGCGACGAGUAUUACGACUACGAAGAGUGCGUAGAGGAAGACGACUACCCAGAAGUUGGCGCUGAGGAGCUGAUACCGCUUACUGGUAGCACGAUAUUCGACACGAUGCUCAGCGAUAGUCCGUUUACUGAUGAGGGCUCAGGUUCAGGUUCAACUGCUUUCACCGACAGCGAAUCCGAAUUUACUCUCGAUACUGGCUCCGGAUCAGAACCCACUGGUGCAAGCUUUUGGACCGAGGAAACGGGCAGUGGUAGUUCGACCGCUUACACGGAGGAAUCUACUGAAUUCACAUCCAUCACUGUCACGACGGAAUCGACUAUUGAUGAUUAUUACGAGGACAUCUCUGGCGAAUUCAUCAUGAUGAAGAAAAAAGUAACGGACACUAAAACAUCGAAAGCAGAAGAAGUGACUGCAGGUACUUCAGACAGCUCAGCAAGCUCCACAGACAGCUCAGCAAGCUCCACAGACAGCUCGCCAAGCUCUACAGACAGCUCGACAAGCUCCACAGACAGCUCGACAAGCUCAACAGAAGGCUCAACAAGCUAUUCAGACUCAAGCUCUACCACAUCAGAUAGCUUAACGACCACCUCUGACACGUCUACGGAGACUUCUUUAGGCAUUACCAGCACUAGUGUAACUGAAUCAGCCGAAACCACCGAUUCAUAUGCAACCACCGAUGUUUCUGAAACGGAAAGUGAUGUGACUACAGAUGCAUCUACAACUAACGAAAUGGAUACCACUACUAUUCGGGAAACUGAUAUUAGUAGCACAGAAGGUUCAUCUACAACAAGUUUCUCGGAGUCGGAUUCAACCGAUAUUACGGUAACAGAGAGCCUGGAAACAACAGAUUUAAGCUCUGCCUCUACUGAAACUGAAUUAACAGACACCACCGAAACAAGUAGCACGGAGGGUACAAGUGAGAGCAGCUCUACUAGUGCUAGUGAGUCAACAAUCGAGGAAACCGGUACCACAGAGAGCACAGAGUACAGCACAACUGAAGCAACGGUAACGACUGUUUCGGGUUCAAGUGAAACCACGGAAUUAGAAACUGAUGUGACGACGGAAACAGAAGGUUCCACGACAACAGAAUCGGGAUCAAGUGGAAGUACAGAAUCAACGGAAGGAGAGACAACCCUCGCCGAAUUCAGUACAACUGCAGCAUCCACGGAAAAAGAAACGCCAACGUCGGAGUCUACAGAGAAAGUAACAACGUUAAUGGAAUCCAGCGUCACUGCAGUGUCUACUGAGAGCGAGCUGACUAGCACCGUGGAAUCCGUAAGCACAACGUCUGAAGCAAGUGCUACCACAGAAUCAUCAGAAACAAGCGUGACGGAAGGCAGCGUUACAACAGAAAACUUUGAAAAGGAAAGCACUGAGUCCAGUACGACUGAAAAAUUGGAUAUUAGUUCAACUGCGUCCGACCAAACAGAGACUGCGACCGCAACCGAAUCUGUUUCAACUUCUGCUUUCACCGAAGAAAGUACGACGUCUAGCGGAUCAUCAACCGAAGCUUCAGGAAGUUCAACUGAGAGCACAGACGGUACUUCUACCACAGAAAGUUCUGCUACAGACGCCUCCACAUCCGAAAGCUCCACAGUAGAGAUGUCGACUCUCGGAAGCUCUACCACCGAUGUAUCCGCUUCCGGCAGUUCGGAAAGUUCUGCUACAGAAUUAUCUACAACUGGAAUUACUGAAAGCACAGUAACAGAUGCGUCGACCACGGAAAUUUCAGCUACUGAAGGGUCAGCAACUGAACGCGGAUCCACACCCUGGGACUGGACCACGACUGUUGAAGUUUACACAGCGAAACCCAGCUGCAAGGCAAGGAAGAAGGUCGCUAAGUGCCUUAAAAGCAAGUUUGGAUGCUGUCCUGAUAAAAGGACUCCGGCUGCCGGACCAUUUGAUGAAGGAUGCCCCAACCCGAAGACUUGCAAGGAGACCAAAUACGGCUGCUGCCCUGACGGCGUGUCACCAGCAAGUGGGCUCAGGAACAAGGGCUGUCCAAUCUCCCCCUGCGCAGACACACUUUACGGCUGCUGUCUGUCUGAUAACAUCACCGCCGCGGAGGGCAAUGACCAAGACGGCUGCCCACCAGCACCGUCUGCCUGCACAUCGUCAAAGUAUGGUUGUUGUGACGACGGAAAAACUGAAGCGACCGGACCGGCAAGGAAAGGAUGCCCCGAAACAGAACCCAAAAUCGAGAAGGUCGGCUGUGAGAGCAGCGAAUUUGGGUGUUGCGCAGACAAUCAGACAGAAGCUACCGGGCCAAACGAGCAAGGCUGCCCUUGCAACGCUACUGAAUUCGGCUGCUGCCCUGAUGGUGUUUCGCCAGCUCAGGGCAGCCAAAUGGAGGGUUGCGUAAAGUCAUGCAACUCCACUGCUUACGGCUGUUGCUUGGACGGGGAAACACCAGCGCACGGACCCGAAUACGAAGGUUGCUGUCUGCAGUAUCCCUUCGGAUGCUGCCCUGACAACUACAAGCCGGCUGAAGGGCCACAUCUAGAGGGUUGUGGCUGCGAGUACUCCCACUUUGGCUGCUGCCCGGACAACGUGACGAUCGCCCGCGGACCCGCCAAGGAGGGCUGCGGAUGCCAGUACAGCCAGUUCGGGUGCUGUCCAGACCGACACACCGCUGCUCAGUCGGCUGGCGACGACGCCUGCCCCUGCAGUACUUACCAGUUCGGGUGCUGCCCCGACGGCGUCACAUUCGCGACUGGUCCCAAGCAGCAGGGUUGCUCGUGCGAGAGCACGCCGGAGGGAUGCUGCGGCGACGGCGUCACCCCCGCUUUGGGUCCUAACCAGCUCGGCUGCAGCUGCGCCGCCAGCAAGUACGGCUGCUGCCCCGACGGGAAGACCGAGGCCAAAGGGAGCAAGUUCCUCGGCUGCACCGACGCCCCUGAGAAUAGACAAGCGGCUUGCAGUCUCACCACCGACCGCGGGCCGUGCCGCAAUUACACCGUGCAAUGGUACUACGACAUGGAGUACGGCGGCUGUUCCCGAUUUUGGUACGGCGGCUGCGAGGGGAACGGGAACCGCUUCGCCAGCCAGGAGGAGUGCGUGGACGUGUGCGAAAAGCCUGCGCCCAAAGACGCGUGCAAGCUGCCUAAGGUAAAGGGCGCCUGCGUCGGCUACCAUCUGCGCUGGUACUUCGACACGGAGCGCGAGCAGUGUGGCCAGUUCGUGUACGGCGGCUGCCUCGGCAACCAGAACAACUUCGACAGCCGCGAGCUCUGCCAGAAGCAGUGCGAGCCCGACAGGUCUGACGACCAGUGCAGCCUGCCGAUCGAGCCGGGCCCGUGCGCCGGCACCUUCGGCCGUUGGGGCUUCAACGCGGAGAGGGGGCGUUGCGAGCAGUUCAUGUGGGGCGGCUGCGAGGGCAACACCAACAGGUUCAGCACCGAGGCCGCCUGCAUGCAGCGCUGCCAGCCGCCCGGCUCGCCGCAGCCGGUUUGCGCACUGCCCCAAGAGGCGGGCAAUUGCACGGAAAGGUACGCCGCGUGGUCCUUCAGCCAGACGGAGAACCGCUGCGUGCCGUUCUACUACACCGGCUGCGGGGGCAACGGGAACAGGUUCGACUCCGAACGAGCCUGCGCGGCCGCGUGUCCGAGCGCCUUCGCGCCAGACAUAUGUACGCUCCCAGCGGAAACUGGAGAGUGUGCAGAUUAUACUGGCCGGUGGUACUACGACACAACAGAGUCGAGAUGCAAACACUUCUACUACGGCGGAUGCGGCGGCAACGAGAACAGCUUCGGAACGCAGCAGGAGUGCGAAGCGCGCUGCUCCCAGAUCACCACCACGACCACCGAGGUGCCGGAGGCGCCAGAGCCAUACAAAUCCGACAACUGCUUCCUGGAGCUGGACCCAGGGCCGUGCGAUCAGCUGGAGGCGCGCUGGGGCUACGACCCCUCCCUGGGCGGCUGCACCAUCUUCCAAUACGGCGGGUGUGGCGGGAACAGGAAUAACUUCCCCAGCCGGGAGCACUGCGAAUACUUCUGCGCCAGUGCACAGGACAUCUGCCAACUGCCGAUGCGCUCCGGUCCGUGUGACGACUCUUUGAUGCGAUGGUUCUACGAUCCUGUAACGGAUUCCUGCAGUCAGUUUACAUAUGGCGGAUGCGACGGCAACGACAACCGCUUUGAGAGCUUGGAGGCCUGCGAGAGGCGCUGCAGGACUGGUGGCGCGGAGCCUGUGACAUCCCCCACCACCACCACCACGAUCGCGACGACAAUCACCGAGAGCCCACUGACUACGACAACGCCCGCUGCGGUCGAGGUGCUGCCGCAAAUCUGCCAAGUGUCCCCCAUCCUGGAGGAGUGCGUGGCUCCUGGCACCGUGUGGUACCUGGACGCGGGGCGGCGCGAGUGCCUGGCCCACGACAACUCGGGCCCAGGCGCCUCCUGCAGGAACAGCGGCGCCUUCGCCUCGCAGGAGGCCUGCGAGAGAAGCUGCGGCGCUUUCCGCAACAUCGAGGUGUGCCGCUAUCCUGUGGACCCUGGCCCGUGCCGCUCCUUCGAGCCCAAAUUCUACUUCGACGAGUCAGCCAGCCGCUGCGAUCAGUUCAUGUACGGUGGCUGCCACGGCGGGCCCAAUCGCUUCUCCAGCCUCGAGGAGUGCGAGGAGAUCUGCAAGCCUCAAUCUGACCCAUGCAAACAGCGGCCAGAGCCUGGCAACUGCCUGGCAUACCUCGUGAUGUGGUACUACGACGAAACUCGCGACGAGUGCAACCAGUUCGUCUACGGCGGCUGCAACGGGAAUGACAAUAGAUUCGAUACUCGUGAACAAUGCGAGAGACGGUGCGUGAGGACGCCAGUCGCCGCCGUCUCUACCACUUCACCGAUAGCCGACAGCACCACCACCACAACAACGACAACCACCACCGUUGCGCCGACAACCACAACGCAAGAGAUACCGGUCGAAGAGGAAUGCCGCACCCCGGAGUCUCUUCAGCCAUGCGGUGGCAAUGCUACAGUGUUCUAUUACGAUUCCUCGCGACGAGCAUGUCUCGUAGCUGAAUUCGGCAACUGCCGCUACUCUAACUCCUACCGCAGCGAAGAGGAGUGCGAGAGGAGAUGCGGCGCCUUCCGUGGACUUGACGUUUGUGGAUCUCGGCUUGACCCUGGCCCAUGCCAGGAGACUGGAAUCAUGAAGCUGUAUUGGGAGGCCAGCACUGGAAGUUGCCAGCCGUUCGCGUAUGGCGGCUGCCUCGGUGGGCCCAACCGCUUCUCCUCUGUUGAGGAAUGUGAAGAGGUCUGCGGACCCACUGGACCCGACAGCAACGAGGUGCUGCCCGACUGCGACGCGUUCAACGAGGAGUGCGCCGCGCUGCGCUGCGCGUACGGCGUGCAGCGCACGCGCACCGCCACCGGCUGCGAGCGCUGCUCCUGCGUGCAGGUGGAGAUCGACUGCGAGCCGCUGCGGCUCGAGUGCGAACGGCUGAAAUGCAACUACGGCAUGGUCAGGAGCACCGGCGACGACGGCUGCGAGAGGUGCAAAUGUCUGGACCACCCUUGCGCGAGCAAGCAAUGCGCGGAGGGCGAGCGCUGCGUCCCGACUGUAUUUAGGGAUCCAGUGCUGCAGGAGAUCAGCUACAUAGCUGGAUGUAACAUUGUGAACAAGACCGGCACCUGCCCGUCGGUGGAGGACUCCCCGCCCGUGGACGGCUCGUGCCGGCGCGAGUGCAACGACGACGCUGACUGCCGCGGGGCGGGCAAGUGCUGCGAGCGCGGCUGCAGCCAGCUCUGUCUAGCGCCGGCUGAAGUGGCCGCCACCAGCCCCGCGCCUCACCCCUCCACCUAUGCGUCCGAGUUAGCGCAAGCGCCCCAAGCGAGUGCCGAAACGGAACCCGAAGUGACCGCAAACGAAGGCGGGAAGGCCACGCUGCGCUGCCUCUUCCACAGCAACCCACCGCCCAAGAUCACUUGGCGCCGCGGGGAAAUAACAAUCGACGGCGAGACGGACCGUUACCGGCUGCUGUCCGACGGCGCGCUGGAGAUCGUCUCCCUGUACCGCAACGACACCGGAGUCUACAUCUGCAUCGCGGACAACGGGCUGGGCACCGCUCGCCAGGAGAUACGGCUCGUCGUCAACGAUCCCGUGGCGACGCCCGUCGGCAUAGCGGGCGAGGAGAACGCCGUGAUCACCGGCGAAAUCGGUCGGGUCCUAAACGUGCGCUGCAUGGUAUACGGGUACCCGAUGCCGAUCAUCGUGGUGUGGUACCGCGGCCUCUCGGGGCCGAUGGUGCCCUUCAGCAGCUCGCUGUACGAGGCGCGCGGCAGCGUGCUCCAGAUCAGGCGGCUGGACCUGGACACGCUGGGCGAAUACGCUUGCCAGGCCUACAACGGCGUGGGCAAGCCCGCCUCGUGGUCGGUGGUGGUCAAGGCGUACAGGCCCGACGGCGAUCGCACCGAGAGCCAGUACCUGGUGGACAGGCACCGGGAGGUGCUGAUAACGCCCCGCGAGCCGCAGACGGAGAGUACGACCACCCCGCUCCCGGAAAUCACGGAGCCCGUGUACACCGUGCCGGUGACAACACGCAUCCUGACGGUGCCCACAACAAUAGCGGCGGGCGCUCAACUGUCUCUGCCUUGCGAAGUGGAUGGCUACCCUGAGCCAGAAGUCUACUGGACCAAAGACGGAGUCCCUCUGUCGACUAAUGAUCGAAUGCUGAUCACUGAGUCUCGGCUGACCAUAACGUCUACGAAUAUUAACGACAGUGGCCUGUAUGGCUGCCAUGCGAGGAACAGCUUUAGCUCGCAUUCCUCCACCUUGCAGAUCAACGUCGAAGGACUGUACAUCCCGCCGACGUGCACAGAUAACCCAUUCUUCGCGAACUGCCACCUCAUAGUACGCAGCAAGUUCUGCACACACAAGUACUACUCCAAGUUCUGCUGCAGAUCGUGCGUGGAAGCCGGCCUACUCUCCCCGCAGGAUAUAGAAUUACUUGUUAAG